UGCAAUGGCGGCGAGAAAAUUGUUCUGCGGUAGUUUUUCUUUUACAAUUAUCAUGUAUUGUUUUUAAUUGACGUGUUGUUAAAUUCAAAACGUGUUUUAUUAUUCAAUAUGGGUCAACGUUCAUUUUAGCAUUUUAUAAUAAACCACAGAAUUUGUAAGAGUUUAACACGAAUUUCAAGAUGUCUAGUGACGAGGAUAAGCCUCCGGCACCACCGGUUCGGCUGACUAGUAACCGAGGGGGCGAAAGAGGUGAUUCAAUAACUACAGUUGAUAUGAGACCAUUGCCAAAAGAACCUGAAGAUGCUACCGAGAAAAAGAAGAAAACGCUCAAAGCAAAAAUAAAAAGUGUAAAAGCUCAUGCAGAUAAUAAUAAACCGAACAUCUCAUAUCCUACCAAUUUUGAGCAUACAAUCCAUGUUGGUUUUGAUCCAGUAACUGGGGAAUUUACGCUGCCUUUAAAAGGCAUGCCGGAGGACUGGGCUAAAUUACUUGUAUCUAGUACUAUAACAAAACAAGAACAAAAGAAAAAUCCUCAAGCUGUUUUAGAUGUUUUAAAAUGGUACGACAAUUCACAGCAGAGUCCCACAUCCAAAUAUAUGACACAUGGCCAUACAACCACACAUUCUGGUUCCUCCCUGAGUCGUGUAAGCUCUAGUUCCCCUAGCAGUACAACACCAACAGAUAGUGAAGGUGGUAGUGAUUCCUAUAGGAUAUCAGAAAAUCGUGAUUUAGACGAACCUCCAGCUCCACCCGUUGCUAGCCGUCCUGAAAGAACUAAAUCUAUUUAUACCAAGCCUGUUGAAGAAACCAAUAAUAAAAAUGCUGCAGUUUCACCUGUUCAUAAUACGGCAAACAGUAAUAAUACUCUUACAACCACCGCCCAACAAACUCCCACAAAUAAAACACGCGUGCCUCAACAAACACGACCUAAAAAAAUGUCAGAUGAAGAAAUUCUAGAAAGGCUUAGGACUAUAGUUAGUGUUGGUGAUCCGAAUAGAAAAUAUACAAGAAUGGAGAAAAUUGGACAAGGUGCUUCUGGAACUGUGUAUACUGCAAUAGAAACCAGUACUGGAAUGGAAGUGGCUAUAAAACAAAUGCAUUUAGCCCAACAACCUAAGAAAGAAUUAAUUAUAAAUGAAAUUCUGGUCAUGCGAGAAAAUAAACAUCCUAAUGUUGUGAAUUAUUUGGAUAGUUACCUAGUUUCAGAGGAAUUGUGGGUUGUUAUGGAGUAUCUUCCAGGAGGGUCUUUGACUGAUGUUGUGACUGAAACUUGCAUGGACGAAGGACAAAUUGCUGCUGUAUGUCGAGAGGUUCUCCAAGCAUUAGAUUUCUUACACUCUAACCAAGUAAUACAUAGGGAUAUAAAAAGUGAUAACAUACUGCUAGGACUGGAUGGAAGUGUUAAAUUAACUGAUUUUGGCUUUUGUGCACAAAUUUCUCCUGAACAAAAUAAAAGGACAACAAUGGUUGGAACUCCUUAUUGGAUGGCACCAGAAGUUGUUACUAGGAAAUUAUAUGGGCCUAAGGUUGAUUUAUGGUCACUAGGAAUCAUGGCAAUUGAAAUGAUUGAAGGUGAACCUCCAUACUUAAAUGAAAACCCUUUAAAAGCAUUAUACCUUAUAGCAACUAAUGGUAAACCAGAAAUUAAGGAAAAGGAAAAACUUAGUCUUGUGUUUAGGGAUUUCCUUGAUCAAUGUUUAGAAGUGGAAGUUGAAAGGAGAGCCACAGCACUUGAAUUAUUAAAGCACCCAUUUUUGAAGUUGGCUCGGCCGCUAGCAAGUUUAACACCACUUAUAAUGGCAGCUAAGGAAGCAGCAAAAGGCCAUUAGCAUUUCUUUUAGAUUAGUUCAGUGUUUAAGUUUUAAUAUCAACUGAUUUGGAAUCCAACCAUUUACAUAAACAGUGAGAUAUAGUGAUGAAAUAUUUUUAAGGACCAAUGAUUAAUAAGUUUCUAA